AUCUGCAUCCUUCCUUCCUUCACUGUUUACCUCAUUCACUCUGUUUCUUCACCGAUUUUUCUCAUUUCUUUUCAAUUUCUCUCCUCAUCAAUCAGUAUUAUCUCCGAAAAUGUCGGAGGCGUUUGUUUCCGCUAUCUUGCAGCAGCUAAUAACAGUCGGUUAUGAAGAGUUACAACAAGAGGUGAAACUGGUGACUGGUGUGGGGAAAGCAAUCGAGAGGCUCAAAAACAAUCUCGAGUCCAUCCGUGCUUUGCUUAAUGAUGCUGAGGAAAGGCAGAUGAAGGAGGAAAACAUCAAGCUUUGGUUAGAACGCCUCAAAGCAGUAUGUUAUGAUACGGAGGACGUGUUGGAUGAGUGGAACACUGCGCCCUCGGAGUUGCAAUUAGAUGAAGCAGAUCAGGAAAACUUCUCUCUUUCCAAGGGAAAGGUAUGUCGUUCCUUCUUUUCGUGUUUUUGUUGUGGUCAAGUUGUUUAUCGCCGUGGCAUUGCUCUUAAAAUAAAGGACAUCAAUGAAAGAUUAGAUGAGAUUGCUAAGGACAAGGAUAGGUAUCAAUUGAAACCAAGUGAAGUUAGCCAGCCUGGAAGAGUAGGAAGUACAUCUUUUGCUGUGGUGUCAAAGUUACAUGGCCGAGAUGGGGUUAAGAAAGACUUAAUAGACAGUUUGUUGUGUGGUAACAGUGAUGAAAUAGAGAGUGAUGUCAAAACCUUCUCGAUUGUCGGCAUGGGAGGGAUUGGGCAAACAGCUCUUGCUCAACUUGUAUAUAAUGAUAAGGCAGUCACGGAAAAAUUUGAAAAGAAAAUAUGGGUUUGCGUCACGGCAGUUUUUGAUUUGAGCAGAGUUGCAAAAGAAGUUAUUGUGGGUCUUGCAGGGCCUGAUCGUGCUUCAGCUCUAAAUCUUGAUUCGUUUUCACUGCAAAAUCUUCUGGAAAUAAUUUGCAAAGAGAUUGAGAGGAAGAAGGUUUUUCUUGUUCUGGAUGAUGUGUGGACCGAUGACAGUGGAUCUUGGGAAUCAUUUAAUCAAGCUUUCAAACCUGCUGCACCUGGAAUGAAAGUUUAGAAAUUCUCUUUAUUUAUUUAUUUUUUUGGUAUUUACUAUUCAUGUACAUUUUUGUUGUUUUACCUUUUUUGCCUUUACGAUGUACUAACUUUUAAAGCUUCACAAUUAAAUAUUAAAAUAACGU